AUGCAGCACGGAUGCAGCAGCAGAAUGCACCGGGCCACCGCAAGCGGGAAACUGGUUUGGCUCGUAGCCCUCGUGGGCCUAUCGGUCGGACCGGUUGCCCGGACACAGAUCAUCAACCGGACGCCACACUUUAUCCCGGGCAGCGGCGACAUGUCCCGGUUCAGUUUACUCGAAAACACCCCGGUCGGCAGUGUGGUCUAUCAGUUGCGAGGUGUUGACCCCGAGGGAAGCAAGUUGCGGUUCAGCAUCUCCGGGCCGGUGUUUAGUGUCGAUCGUGACUCGGGAGUCGUUCGGUUGCGCCAGUCACUGGACCGUGAGCAACAGGACACGGUGGAGGUGAUCAUCAGCAUCACAGAUGAAAGCAUCCUGGGUACGGAGCCCAACACAGUUUCACUCCGCCGUGAAAUCCCGAUCCGGGACUACAACGAUAAUGCGCCGGUCUUUGUGGGUCGUCCGUACAGUGCGACGAUCAGUGAGGCAACGAAACCGGGCAGUAAUGUGACGGUGAACCCGGAAAUAGUGGCCACCGACCAGGACGAGGGUGCGAACGCCGAGCUGACGUUUGCCUGCUACCAGGAUCCGACCAAGGGGUCCGACGAUAUCUGCGACGUGUUUACGGUGCACACGGAGAAGAUCGCACAGGGAAAGUUCGGGGCGUGGCUCGAGCUACGCAAACCGUUGGACUUUGAGACGCGUCCCUCGUACAUCUUGACGGUGCAGGCGAAGGAUGGGUCGCAAAAUAAUGCGCUGCGCGCUUACGCAACCGUCGCGAUCACGAUCCUUGACGUGCAGGAUCAGCCGCCGGUGUUUAUCAAUGCACCGUACUCGGCCACGAUCCCAGAAAACACGAUCGAGGGUACGGCCGUGCUGUCGAUUAACGCCACCGACGGUGACACGGGCAACCCGAACCCCCUCAUGCUGAUGCUGGAGAACGAACCGAUGGGUCACUUCCGGUUGAACUACAUCGGACACCCAAGGUCCGGGGUAGCGGAGCUAGUAACCACCGGUAAACCGCUAGACCGCGAGGAUCCCAUCAUCACCCAGAAUGGGGGUGCGUACACUUUCGGUAUCCGAGCGACGGAGCUGAUCAACAACGAGCUGCCAGGGGAUACGACCGUUUCGCAGAUCACAAUCGUGCUGACCGAUGUGGACGAUCACAUCCCGGAGUUUAACCAGCCGGCGUACGACGUGACGAUACCGGAGAACCUCGAGCAAGACACGCCCCUGCCGGGCCUUUCGAUCAUCGUAACGGACAAGGAUCUGGGCCCGAACAGCCGGUACACGCUAGCCCUCCGCAGCAUUCGCAACGCCGAGGGGGUGUUUGCGGUGGUGCCAACGCACGGCGAAGGCCGCACACCGGUGGUGGUGAAGGUCCUCAACUCAUCCCGCCUCGACUACGACGUACCGCAGGACGACGACAAAACGUUCAUCUUCGAGCUGUCGGCUUCCGUUGACGGUGAGGAACGCUCGAAGGCCACGGUCACCGUGCGGCUCCAGGAUGCGAACGACAACUCGCCGAUGUUCCCGCAGACCACCUACUCGCUGACGGUGCGUGAAAACUCCCCGCGCGGCUUCAAGAUCGCCGACAUCGUCGCGACGGAUCACGACGCCGGCAUGUUCGGGCGGCUCGCGUACGCGGUGAAGGGUUUCGGGGCGGAGUUCUUCCGCACCAAUCCGACCGACGGUGGACUCUACGUGGAGCGCAAUCUGGACUAUGAGGAGCAGAAGAGCUACAGCUUGGCGCUGGUGGCGACCGAUGGCGGAGGUCGCGAGACAAACGCGAACGUUUUCAUCGACGUGCUGGAUGAGAACGAUAACUAUCCGGCGUUUGAGGCACUCGAGUACACGCGCACCAUCCGCGAAGGAGCGACCGAGUUUGAGCCACAGUUUUUCGUGCGCGCCACCGACGCGGACGGACCGCAGCAGGGUGCGGGGCGGGUUAGUUAUGCGAUCGAAUCGGAGAACAGCAUCUCGGGGCACGUGUUCGCGGUGGACCGGGCGACGGGCGAGAUACGGAUUACGCGCCCGGUUAGCUCGAUGGAUACGGAUCGCGGACAGUACGAGCUGCUGGUGGUGGCCACCGACCACGGUGUGCCCCCGCUGAAGAACGACACCCGGGUGCUGGUCCGGGUGGGCAUCUCCGGCAACCAGCGGCCAAUCUUCAAGGGCUACGGACCCGUGGCGCCCGGUCGCGACAUUCCCGGACCGCCGACGUACCGGGCCGCGAUUCCGGAGAACGCCACGGUUGGGUACAACGUCACGAGGGUUAGCGCAACCGAUCCUGAUGGUUUGGACGACCUCCUGACGUACCGAAUUGUCGGGGCCAGUGACAACUUCGUCAUCGACGACCACACCGGCCUGAUAACGGUGGCCCGUGAUGCGCGGCUCGACCGAGACACGAACCCGGAAAGCUACGCGAUCGUAGUGAACGCGAUCGAUGCCGGUUUCCCGAUCCCGGAGACGGCCACCACGACGGUGCACGUCAAAAUCGAAGACAUCAACGACAAGCCGCCUCGCUUCACGCAGCAAACGUACACGGCGUACGUGUCGGAGCGGAGUGCGGUCGGCUCGGAAGUAGUCCGGGUGGCGGCCAAAGACACGGACGUAAGCGCCCGGAUCGAGUACUCGAUAAUCGAACCAAUCACCGCCGUCACCAAGGGCGGCAUCCCGCUGCUGACCACUUCCUCCUACGACUACCGCCAGGCGUUCCGCAUCGGCAAGGACGAUGGUACGAUCUACGUCAACAGUACGCUCAGCUACAAUUACGCCGCGGUGAUCACGCUCACCGUGAAGGCGGUCGACACGAACGCACAGAUCACGCCCGAAAAGCAGUACGACCAAACGGAGGUGACGCUGUUCGUGCAAUCGUUCAAAGACACCAACCCGCUCUUCCGCAACAAGGGCUGGUCGACGGUGCGGCCCAAGAUCGAGGUAAAAGUGAAGGAGGAAUCCCCGGUCGGGGCCGUAGUGUUUCGCAUCGAGGCGGACGAUCCGGUUUCGGAUGUUCCGAUCACCGACUACGAGCUUCUGAUGCCCGACGUGGACGGGUACUUCGGUCUGAACGAGCGUACGGGAGAGAUUUCGCUGCGCAAGCGGCUCGACUACGAAUCUUACAACCGAACGACGAUCGACUUUGUCGUGAAAGCGAUCACCAGCAACCGCAAACGGCAGUCGCUGGCGUACGUUAACGUAACGAUUGAGAACGUUAACGACAACGCGCCAAUCUUCACCGAACGGGACGGGUUCCGUGUGUCGGUGCGGGAAUCGGACCGCUAUCCCACGUUGGUGGCCACCGUCCACGCUACCGACGCCGAUGUCGUCCGCACCGAAAAGGAUGCGCUGCUCCGGUACAACGUCGUGUCGUACAGUCUGUUCGGUUCCCACUCGAACCUCUUCACAAUCGGCAACACGACGGGCGAAAUCCGUAUCGCGCCCGGUCAGUCGCUCGACCGAGAGAAACAAUCGGUCCUGAAGCUGGUGGUGGUGGCUGAAGAUGCGCCCGGUCGGCCGACGGAGGCAAAGCGCACGAAUCUGGAGGUGGUGAUCGAUGUGCUGGACGUAAACGAUAAUGCUCCGAUUUUCGGGCAACGCUCGUACACCGCCGUCAUUCCCGAGAACGUGCUGGUGGACACGUUUGUGAUCGCAAUCACGGCACACGAUCCCGACGAAGGGCUGGGUGGCGAGGUGCGGUACGACAUAUUGAACGAAGGCGAAGCUAAUGGGCUGCUCCAAAUCAAUCCCAAGACGGGGGAAAUCAAAACGAAGGCAAUGUUAACCGGCAAGGGACGAUCGGAUCCGUACGAGUUGGUGAUCCGUGCGCAGGACAGUGGCAAUCAGCUGCCGAAGCAAAGCUCCCUCUACAAUGACGUCUCGUUUUCGCUGUACAUCGGCGACAUCAGCGCCAACGAUGGUAUUCCCUUUUUCAUCGCCCCGAAGGUGGGCCAAACGGCCAACGUCACUGAGAACGCCACGAUCGGUGCUCCGGUGUUUCAGGUAAUCGCCAGCGAUCCGGACAGCCCGGCCACACCGAGCGGUACGCUUCGUUAUCGCAUCCAGUCAGACAUCGAGGAUGCCAAAUCCUUCAGCAUAAACGCCAAAACCGGACUCAUUACGACGACACGGUCACUGGAUCGGGAAACGAAAGCGACCUACAACAUUAUCAUUGAGGUGAGCGAUAUGGGUGAACCCCCGCAAGCCUCAACCGUCGUGCUGCGCAUUAACGUGCUCGACAUCGACGAUCAUGUGCCACGGUUUGUGCGUGAUGUCGAGUCACAGCCACGUGAAAUGGUAAUUCUGGAGGAAGAACCGGCCGGCACGGUUGUGGGUAACAUUUCUGCCCUGGACGAGGAUGUCGGUGAGAACGGUGCGAUCGAUUAUGAGAUCGUGGAAGGCAACGAGCUGGGAUUGCUGGAGAUUUCGCGUACGCCCAACAGCGAGGCCGUUCUUCGUACCACGCAACCCCUCGAUCGAGAAACGAUGGAAACGAUCCGUUUGACGAUCCGGUGCUUCAAGUACGGCACCAACCCGGAUCGCGUUCGCGAUGGCUACAAUCGGUUUGAUAAAUCACAGCAGCAGGUUCUGAUACGAAUCACCGACCGGGACGAUCACUCGCCGCAGUUCGAGCGGGAAAAUCAAACGAUCGGCAUUCGGCACAACGUCCCGAUCGAUACCCCGAUCGCCAACAGCCGGGCGUUCGACGUCGAUCCAAGCGCACAUCCGAUCGUUUAUUCGAUCCAGAGCAUCAACUUCAUCCCGCAGUUCUACCGACGCGACAAUCGCACCGAAGACUACGCGAGCGUCUUCAGUUUGAGCCCCGAGACGGCCGAAAUCCGCACGACACGCAGCAUGGCAAACUUUGUCGACGGUUACUUCCAACUAACUGUGCGGGCAAGCAACAGCGAUGAUCCGGGGCGUAUCAGCGAAACGCAGAUGAAGAUUUUCGUCAUACGCGACAAAUCGUUGCUACGGUUUGUCUUUUCGCGUCCUCCAACCGAAAUCAGCCAGCUACUGACGAACUUUAGCAGCGAGUUGCAAAGCCGGCUGGCGGACUCGAACCUUGAGCUUUCCGUCUUCGACGCCCAAGUGCUCAGUCAUGCCGAUCAUAGUCUGGACUUCAGCUCGACCGGUUCUUGCUUCCAGCUCACGCGUCACGGCUCUGCCUUGGCUCCGAUCGAAAUGAUGCGCUUAAUGGACAGUCCCGAGCUGAAGGAGCUGCUGGCGGAGGUGUACGCCAAGUAUUCGGUCCACAAGAUCGACUCCUGCGCGGUUGGGAAGAAAGCACCGACCGGUGCGCUGAUUGCUUCCUCCGGCACCUGGCUGGUGAUACUGGCCGGGUUGAUAGGCUUCGCCGCCUUUGCGUCCACCAUGACCGCUUGCUGUUUGGCGAAACGAUACAAGCAACAAGUGCAAUCGAGGAACUCCCAGCGUAUGGUCGGGUCGGAAAUCUACGGCAGUGCCACACCCGUGCUGUACACAGAGCCAAUCUAUGGGGCUCUGUAG